UGGAUCCGCUAUAGUUCUAAUGUUGCAGAUGGAACCCCUGAAUGAACUUUUCUGAAGAGUCAAAAAAAUUCAUUCUGAGGGUCUAUACACAGAAAUAGAACUAUAGAUCCGCAAUUAACCCUUAAAUAAAUGCGUAAGAGAUCAAGAUUACAAUCUUAAAUAAAGUAAUGGCUUCAUCAGAGAACACGGAGAAACGGCAGCCUAUCCCUCUCUCCAACAGAAUCGACCCCAAACAUUACCAUCAUCCCAUCGAUGUACAAACAACCAACUCUUCCAUCACUGUCCCCUUAAUUAUAUCCCACUUACCAAAAAAAACACUAACUAAAUUACAAACUUGACCAUUCCCGCGUUAUUCCUCUCACUUUCACUCCCACUCUUUGUUCUCUUCACCUCAACUCUCCCAUUUGACCGUUUCUCCUCUCUUUUUCCAAUGCAUUCUUCAAGUCUUUAAUUGACUCCAUUGCCGUCCUCCGUCCUCUCUUUCUAUUAAUUUCUCUCAAAAUCUCCUCCUUUUUCGAUCUGAACUAAUCUCCAACCAUGCCCGAGUCCUUGCCGUAUCUCCUCUCGGGCAUAAUCUCCUCCAUCGACGAAACUCUCUCAGUCUCUUCAUCCUCUUCCUUCUCCGAGACCUUGAAUCUUGCCCUCCCACCCUUUGCCUCCUUCAUCGAACGGAUGAAGCCGAUCAUUCAAGAAUUGCACCAAAACGCCGAUCCUGACAUAGUCUCAAUCAAGAGGGCUGUCGAGUCUCUCCACUCGCAGCUCAGGCGCACACAAGUUCUAAUCAAGAACUGCAAUGGGCCCCCUAUAUCUGCCAAAUCGAUGGAGAAUUGUGUUCAUGAUCUCGGGAGGUGCCUUGGGCUAUUGCUCAUGGCUUGGAUUGAUGCACCGUGUGAGAUUAGAGAGGGGAUGGGGAUGCUUCAGAAGGAAAUGAUGGCGACAAGGUUUGAGGAGGAGAUGGAGAUUGCAGAGGAUGAUGGUGUGGUUCGUGAUAUUGAGGAUUUGAUGGUGAGAGUGAAGAGAGGAGGGGAAGAGGUUGAUACCAUGAUGGCAUAUUUGGAGCUCGGGGUUUUGAUUAGGAAAGGAUUGGUGGACGAGGAGGAGAACGGGAGGGUGAUUUCGGUUCUGUUGAAUCGUCUAGGGUGUGGUAAGAAUGGUGAAAGGUUGAAGAUCAUCUUGCUAUUGAGGAGCCUUGCUUGUCAAAAUGAUGAGAACAAGGAGAAGAUGGCAGGUAUUGAGACUUUGUCUACAAUUGUUCGCUCACUGACACGGGAUAUUGAAGAGAGUAGGGAAGCAGUAGGGCUGCUUAGGGAUUUAUCAGUCACUCAAAAGGUUCGACAAAGGAUUGGAAGAGUGCAAGGAUGCAUUGUGAUGCUCGUCACUCUUUUUAACGGAGAUGACUGUCGAGCUUCCCAUGAUGCAGGGAUGAUACUGAUGGCUUUGUCUAGCAACACGCAGAAUGUACUACUAAUGGCGGAGGCUGGUUACUUUAUACCAUUGGUUCAAUACCUGAAGGAAGGUUCUCAUAUGAACAAGAUUAUUAUGGCAACAGCAAUCUCAAGAAUGGAGCUCACAGACCAAAUGAGAUCAAUCCUCGGAGAACUAGGCUGCAUUGAGCCCCUAGUCAAAAUGUUCACAUCUGGAAAACUCGAAGCCAAGAUGUCAUCUUUAGGUGCAAUACUCAAUCUCUCAAGCUUAAUACAAAAUGUCAGAUUCCUGAUAGAUGCAGGAAUUGUACCUCCUUUACUUCAACUUCUAUUCUCAGUUACUUCAGUCCUCCUCACUCUUCGUGAACCGGCUUCUGCCAUUCUUGCAAGUUUAGCGAAAUCUGAACUAAUACUUAUUCACAAAGAUGCAGCUCAUCAGAUACUCUCGCUUCUAAAUCUAUCAAGCCCAAUUAUCCAGCUUCACUUGUUGAACGCUCUCAAUAGCAUUGCCAGUCACUCUAAAUCUAAGAGAGUCAGAGCUAAAAUGAAUGAAAAUGGAGCAAUUCAGCUUCUCUUUCCUUUCCUAAUCGAGAGUAGUCCUGAACUGAGGACUGUCGCAUUGAAUUUACUCUUUAAUUUAUCAGAAGAUUUUACAGAAGAGUUAACUGAUUUCCUCGGAGAAAACCAUCUUAAUAUUUUGGUCGAUAUCAUACGCACAACUGUAUCAGAGAAUGAGAAGGCCGCUGCUUUAGCUAUACUAAGUAAUCUGCUGAUAAAUGAAAAGAAAGCAACUGAAAUUCUCAUAAAAGCAAAUUUGAUUCCACUUCUAGUCUCUUUGAUAGAGACUAACAGCACCAUAGCUCCAACUACAACAAGGACUUGGCUGAUUGAAAGCAUUGCUGGUGUAUUGAUCAGGUUCACAGUCCCCUGGGACAAAAAGCUGCAGAAAAUUUCAGCAUCUCAUGGAGUGAUUCCUUGCCUUGUAAAAUUACUAUCAGAUGGUUCAGCAAUUGCCAAGUCUAGAGCAGCAUCUUCAUUGGCUCAAUUGUCGCAAAACUCUCUCUCAUUAUGCAAGAAUAAAUCCUCAAGAUGGUUUUGUGUCAUUAACUCAUCUGAAUCAUUCUGCGAGCUCCAUAACGGACAUUGUAUAAUCAAGAACACUUUCUGUAUAGUAAAGGCCGGUGCAGUGUCGCCUUUGAUAAGAAUUUUGGAAGGUAAGGAGAGAGAAGCAGAUGAAGCUGUUCUUAAUGCUUUGUCUACAUUGAUGCAAGACGAAAUAUGGGAAAAUGGGAGUAAACUUAUCGAAAACUCAUCGGGGGUUCAGACCAUUAUAAGGAUUCUUGAUAUUGGGAGCUUGAAAGCUCAGGAGAAGGCAGUUUGGAUGCUGGAGAGAAUUUUCAGAAGUGAUAGUUAUAGAGAGAAGCAUGGUGCACGUGCGCAGCUACUGCUUAUUGAUCUUGCACAGAAGGGAGAUCCGAGUCUGAAACCGAUGAUUGCGAAGAUUCUUGCUCAUCUUGAUCUCUUGCAGAUGCAAUCUAGUUAUUUUUGAUUGUUUCAAUUUGUUAUUAGAGAAUUUGUGCAUUUUCUUGUCAAUACUAUCUUUCUUUUUUCCUUAGCUCCUGUUACUUUUUUCCCCUGUGCUCAUGUAUAAAAGCUCUUGAUAGAAACACAGGACACAAAAAAUUGAAAGUACAAAAAGGAUAUAGUAUUUCCUGUACAAGAAAUAUGUACAAGUGAAAGAAUAGACUUGCACUCUU